AGCCUCGCGCAAACCGAGUGGAGGGGAGAAGCCGAGCGCUUUGGCAUACUUUCUAUGCGGCGUCAGCCAACAGACCAGAGCGCCCCAGUGAACGAACUCUAUGGCUGCUGUACGCGAAACUAUAAACCGUACUUCAAUGGCAUCAAACAGCCCGUGACAGCCCUUUUGCUUUUGGCUCGGCAACAACAACCUCCAGACGAUCGACUCGACCUCUCGACACCACGUUCCUCCACAUCUUUCUCUCCUGCUCAGCUACGCAUCUAUACCCAAUAACUCUUUUAUUUUUGAAUCCUCAUACUCGACCACUGUCUAUUUUUCACACUAUCGCCAAGAGCGCGGCGAGCCAUGGAGGGGCGCCUCACGGUCAGCGAGGCCCUUCGCGACUCUAUCAAAUACUGGUCCAAGUUCGUCUCCAAAUGCUUGACCAAGCGCCUCGACGCGAGCACCUUUGAGGACUAUGUGCGACUAGUCCAAUCCAAGCAUCGGCUGCCCCCCGAGAUCAUCGCCGACUUUUUUAUGCGCCCUCUGAAAUCCAGGUGCUUCAGCCCCGACCCCCGAAUCCCUCCAUACGUCUCGGUUCUCACUAAGCUGCGGUAUACCGACGCAGUGUCCAUUCUCCGGGCGUUAUAUAGAUAUUCUUCGCUCCAUGCGCUAGUGCCGGAGCAAGCACAGCAAGACGGAGACGAGGCCAAUGGAGAGGGAGCGACCAAACAAGAUGCCAAUAAAGUAUCCUCCAUCAGGUGGAAGAGCUCGUCCUGGCUUGAGGAGGUGAUGUUUUAUCAUGUCAUCAAGCUCCUCGUUGAGGGAACUGCUUUCAGAGAUUCUCGCACGGCAUUGGAGCUCAUCCAUAUCAGUUCCAAGUGGAUGGCGCUAUUUACCACGGCGUCUAAUUCCAUGACUGCGGACAUGCUGAGCGGCGGCUUGCAAGAUCCACAGGUUCGGCAUGAAAUGGAGACUGCUUGGGGUGCUCUUGUCCCUCUAGUGCUUCGGCUGGUUGACAAUGCCGCCUUUGUCAAGGUCGUUAGCCAACCGUCUGCCAAAGGGACUCGAAAAAUGUUCUCGGAGAGCCUUGCAUCGUUUGUACAGGUUAUACAGCAAUCGCCACAGCUACCGCAGUUCCAGCAAUUUAUCAACAAGCUUGAACUGUUUAGAACCGAGGUUUUGGCUCCAUUAGACCCGGUGGACAAGAGCAAGCAAGCUGCCAACGCUGUCAUGGACGAUAUCCUAGACUCUACAGUGGGCGUAGAGAACUUGGUCAUUCCGGAGAUACCAAUAUCCAACACUCGUGCAGGAUUGUACAUAUACCUUAGUGCCUCGCUUGUUGGCCGACCAUUAAUAGAUGACCAUGCCUUCUUUUCAUAUUUAAAUAAUAGAUAUCAGGGAGACGUUCAACAAAGUGCUGUUGAUCUGAUUUUGGCGUCUUUUGACCUGCUUGCAAAUGCCGUCUUCAGAAAUGAGGGGCCCAGAGACGCACAGCUAUUACGGUCCUUCUUGAUAAACAAGGUGCCCUUGAUACUCGCCCAACUAUGCCCCCCUGGCUUUUCAACGCCUUCUGCCGAGUUUUGUAUUACCCAGGCACUUCCCCAUGUCGAUACAAGCGUGUUCCCUACAGCGUCACUCAUGUUUGAUGAAUCACGUAACAAUAAUCCAUACACGGAGAGUGUCCGAGAGGAGUUUUGCUCGGCUUGCGCUCUCCAUGGACUGAUUGAACGAGAGCAUGUAGAGCGGAUCCUGGGAGAAAGCUCCAUGUCAUACGAACCUUCCCAGGAAAAGUAUUCCAAGGAAAAGCUUGUUCAGAGCUGCCUAUCGGACCCAGACAAAAUACAAGCCCUCAUUCGCGACAUGGAUAAGAUGGAUGGUAAUGUUGGAGCAGUGUGUCAGGCCCUUGUAGAGCUGCUGCGGCAACUGUGUCACAGCAAAGAGACAAUGUCACUGAAACUCCUUUGCAGCCAAUUGGUACAGAAACCCCAGUCCCUAGAUGUUCUGCUCUUGUUUGAGAAGCUGCCGACCAUCUUGGAGCCUAUAUGUCAGCUAUUGGACGGCUGGCGAUACGAGGAAGACCAAGGAGAGUAUCAACCUGUUUACGAAGAAUUCGGGGCUAUUCUGCUGUUGGUGCUGGCCUUUGCCUACCGAUAUAGCCUAUCUCCAGCAGACAUUGGCAUCAUUUCCCCAGAUUCAAAUGUUGCCAAAAUCAUUGGCCGAGCUCACAUUAGCCGUGAGCUGGACGAGCUCUCCGAGCAAGAAAAUGGACACCUCGGCGGCUGGAUUCACGGCCUUUUCGACAGCGAUGCGGGCGGGCUUGGAGACGACUUGAUGUCAUCCUGCCCUCCUGCAGACUUUUAUCUCCUCAUUGCGUCUCUCUUUCAAAAUAUUGUCAUCGCAUAUACCCAGGGCUUCCUGACAGACGACGCCCUAAGGUCGGGCGUGGAAUAUUUGAUUGAUACGUUUCUACUACCGUCCCUCAUACCUGCGAUUCGGUUCUUGUCUGAUUACCUCUGGGUAGAACAGAAGGAGCAGAAGUCUAUUAUCAAAAUCUUGCAGCUCAUCCUGUUGCCUACCUCUAUUUCGGGCGAAGCUACUACUAUGCUUGCGUCGGUCAAGGGAAUAGUUGCGAAGCCCCUGGAGCACUCGCUGCGAGCCUACCAGCGACAAGAUCCAAAGAAUCAGGACAUUGAGCCACUACUGAGGGUUCUGAAGGACAGUUUACCCUUUUCGAGGCGAACAGGGGCUGCUGAGCAUCAAGAGCUAGAGAUGUGGGCAACUAGCUCUAGCAGCGGUCUCUCUGGGGCCGCCAAGCACCUUAUCCAGGGGCUUGUUCAGUGGUGUGUGCAUACUGACGAAACAGCUAUGCCAACCUCGUAUACGCAUCGACAGGUCAUUGCGACCCUCAAAAUUGUGGGCGCCAGGAGGUUUCUACGAGUCAUCCUGGAGGAAAUCCGGCAGCAAACUCUAGCCGGCAACGGGAGCCUUGUCUACGAUGUGGCCACGGCACUGGUUUGUGCUCCAAACGUUAGCAAUGAGCUCCCGCCUACCAGCGGUCUUUUAGAUGAAGCGGGAAACAUGCUGCCGAUACUGCAGCGACCGCUUACCCUCCGAGAAGUCUUGAAAAUGGAGGCUGAGGAUUACAGGAAGCUGCAGAAGAAGGACGCCGAGCUGGCAGAGAUUGUUGUUCGCCUUCACAGGAGAGUUGAGGCACAGAUGGUGUUACCGCCGCCACCUAUGCUGCAGGCGGCUGAUAUGCAAUUAGACUUGGCAGGGGAUGCGACAAACCUAGAAGAUUCCAUUGUUGUCGCUGCUGGUGUUCAGGGCGAUGGCACGAUGUCAAUGGAUGGUGUUGGGAGCCUGGAUAUGAGCCUUGGGGGGAUUUCGUCUGACCUGGGUCUGGGAGGACCGGGAAGCAGUGGGGGGCUGGAUGCCUCAGCAGAGGCCGAUUUGUUUGGCAGCCUCGACGACACCGACAUGGACGUAUUUGAUGGAUGGGGCGGGAUGGAUCUUGGGGGACCGUAGUAGAUAAUUGCUGGACUAUUAGUUGGCUCUGUAUUUGGCUAGUAGUAUUAGAUGGAUGGGCGCAUAUGUUGGGAGGUCUAUUACGAUUCUCAUUCUAGGAGAGACUGCCUGUAUGAGACGCUUCAAUGCGAAUUUAUAUAUAUACCAACAGAGACAGAAGUUGAUGAUUAUGCUGUGU